AUGAAAAUAUUUAUGGGUUUAUCUUUAUUAACCGCUGCUUAUAGUUUAUAUCGUAGUCCGCCGAUCGCUCCUACUUUGCUUCCUUCGAUAGUUGCUAUAGAAGUUAAAUUUCUUGUAAAAUUACUUGGAACUGAUAAGUAUACUCAAUAUUAUGGAAAUAAUAGUGGGACAUAUUUGGAUGACUUGGAUAAAGUUGCAACUACUUUGAAUAUUAGUAAAGAUAAAUGUGCUGAAACAAUCACUAAUAUCAAAGUUAAGAAAAUUGUUCUUAAAGGAGGAGAUGUUAUUGAUAGUGUUCAAUUCACUUAUUUAGUAGAAACCAAGGAUAAGAAAAUUGAUGUUGAAGGUCAUAGACACGGAGGAGCAACCAUGGUGAAGAGAUUAGAAUUUCACUCUUGUUAUAUCAAUAGCAAUUACUCAGUAUGGACUGGCGCCAGAGGAACCCAAGAUGGAACUGAAUUUAGUAUCUCAGUCCCUGCUUGUUUCUUUUCCAAGAUUGGUUGGUCUCUAAAUUGCCUUGGUGCUUAUAAUGGAGAAGUAUAUGAUGCUGACUUGCAAAAGGCUCAAACCGAUUUAGUUAAAUUGCAAACUGAUAAGUCACGAUUAGAAAAAGAUGUAGCCCAAUCAGGAAAUUCCAAAAUGUUCCUUUUACUACAAAGGAAUAAAAAUAUUCAACAAUUAAAGGAGGAGUUAAAAGAUAAAGUAUUAUUAACUGCUUCUAAAAAAGAACUAUUAGAAAAAUGGAAGCAAUAUCCUCAAUCAAUACUUUUUUAUCAGUCUCAACAUAAAGGGGAAUAUUCAGUGCUGUUUAUUAACCGAGAGAGACAAAAAGCAGUUUUAUAUGUUUUUGUUAAUGGUGAUGAUUGGAGAAAUACAACUGCCCAAGAAAUUAAUAAUUUCUUAAAUCCAAUAGGAUUGAAAGUAGCAUACUUGUUGGGGUGGGGGAAUACCAAUCCUAACAAUGAUAUAGAAAUUAGUGGUUAUUCUGCCAUGGGGCUUAUAGAAAUAUUGUUGAAUAAGAUUAAAAAAGGAGAACAAUACAACAUGGGAGAUGAUAAAAAAGACCAAGGGGCAAAUAAUUAUGUUGAGGAUAUUGUUAAUGAACUAUUGAGUUUAAAAAAUGACUUAACUAAUAAAGGAACUAUAAUAAAAGUCUUAACUCAAUCUUUCCCGGAAAUAUUUGAUAAAGAUGGUAAUUUAGAUAACAUUAAAUUACAAGAAUUAAAAAAUAGACCAUCACAAACUGAUUAUCAAAACGCAUCAGAUAGAAUUAAGAGAUUACAAACUGAACUUAAUAAUGCGCGAGCUGAAUUAGUUACUCUUCAAGAAAUUGAUAAAAAUGAAACUAGAAAUUUAGUUGAAUUAAGAGAAAAAUAUGGCAAAGCUACGGCGGCCACUACUGAUAAGGAAAAUUUACUAAUUUCUGAUGCUGCUAAAGCUCAUUAUGCUGUGUUUUUUAAAGAAAAUUUAGUAAAGAAUUUUGCGGAUACGAAUGAUAAUUAUGUGUGGAUUCUUCCUUCCCCCGCCAAAAGUGGAAAUCAAGAUUAUGAAGCAGCGGAGAAAAGUGAUAAUGCUGAUUUUGAUGAAAACGUAUUGAAGAUUAUUAGCCGAGAAAAAUCUAAGUGGGAUCAAUUAGGCUAUACUGAUAAAAGUGAAUUGGUAAAAAAUCCUCGUAAGUUAAAAGAACAAGUAGACAAGGGUCUUAAUAAGAUUGAUGCAACGCUUAUUAGUAGAUUUCUUGCUGCUGCUAAAAAGGAGGGAAUAAGUGUACCUGACAAGUUGCAAAAAAAUGAUUUCAAAAUAUUUAGAGAAAUAUAUGGUCAGAAGUUAAAAAGACCAGUUUCUGAGGGAAUAACUCCUAAGGCAGAAGAUUAUUAUACAGGGGAGGAGAAACUCUCCCUCGUUAUCCAAUUAUUCAAACCGGUGAAAAUACUGGGAAAGUUAAGCAGCCAUCAGUCGACCUCUUUUCCUGAAUUAGAGACGAGAUAUAAAAACCAAAAAGAUGCUAUAUUGACCGACCCGUUUUUUGUUUCUUAUAAGACUAAAGGAGACACCGAAAAAAUGGAAAUGUUGAAGUCUAUUUUCUUAAUGUAUAGCGAUAGGGAAAUGGUGAAUUGUGGAAAUUCAAUAAGUGAUGAGGCUCCUCAAUUACAGGCUGAAGAAGAUCAGGAUGCAUUUAAAGAACUAGUUAACGAUAAUUUUGGAGAUGAUUUUGGAAAAAAUUUGGAUGAAAAAAGUUUAGGUGAUGUUAAAGUAAAGUUAGGAGAGCUUUUAGAAAUUAAACGAAGAGAAAUAAAAAGAGACCUAAGCCUUUUUCGUCAGAAAGUAGAACUUACUCCUGUUGAUAUUAAUGAAGAAUUUGAUAAAAAAAUAUUUGGUGACAAUUUUGACUAUGAAAAGGCUAUCGAUAAAAGACUAACCUUAAAUAAUGAGAAAAAAGGGUCAGAAAAACCUGGAUCUAAAGCUUUAGCAAUUCUUAAAGGAAUUGAAGAGAAUUGGAGAAAAGUAGAAGCAAACCCACCAGUUGAUUGGUUAGUAUUUAUCGAACGUUUUACUCUUGAAAAAAACAUAAUUGAAAAGGUUGGAGCAGAGGCUGAAGCAAAAUUGAAAAAAAUGUUUUCUGUCGAGGAUUCGGACAAAAAUUUUGAUCUAAAAGACUUGGAUACUCUUAGAGAAGAAAUGUUUACUGAUCUGUACGAUUCUUGGAGUAACGUAUUCGAAAAAACUGAGUUAGACAAUUUAAGCAAAAAAAUAAAUGCAAAUCUAGCUAAGUGGGAUAAAUUAAUAGCAGAGAAGGAAGAAACAGUUGCUGCUGAUUUAAAGAAUGCCAAGGAAAAGUAUCAAAAAGAAGAUUUUGAUGGUAAUAUUUGGAAUUUAACUAACCAAGAAAAAUCUAGGAUUGAUCGGGCUUCUGAUAAGCAAAGUUUAGAGAAAGUGAAAAUUUCUAGUAAAACUAAACUGGGAGAGUUACCUAGUGAAGAGGCUAUUGAUGAUCUUACAGAAUAUGCUAUGGCUUUGAUGUUUUAUGAGGGAACUAAAGAGGAUAAUAAGCAAGGAUUUGGAAAGACAGUGGCCAAGGAGAUGUUACCUGAAAUUAAGACAGCGAUAGCAAAGGACACCCUUAAAGGUUAUCAAGAUUUAGAUAAAAAAUGA